UCAGUGCCCCAGGAAGGUGAGGAAACUUUCAUCCAGGGAAGCUCUCCCGGGCGUCCUGAAUCCUGAAAUAUUUGCCUCCCAGCUGGGUGUGGAGCCUCCUCUGAGCGCAGCCUCUUGGCAUGAAGCUGUGAGCAUGUGGCCCCAGUGCCUCACCGCUGCUCCCGCGAAGCGCCGUAGCACACGGUGAAGAGGAGACGUGGCCUGUCCUGGGUGCGGAUUCCGCCUGGCCAGGCUCCUCAGCCGGCGCCUGUGGACUUCUCCACUUCCUGGGCUUGCUCUCGGAGGGUUCCUGCUCGCCACACACCAUUUGUCGACGGCAAGGCUCCUGGACUCACCGCCGGAGUGGCCGAGAAGACGGGCCUCGUCUGGUCGUUAUGGAGAGGCCUCUCGGGGGUCCUGCCAAGUGAGGAGAAACAGGGUGGGAGGGGAGGAUUGUGAGGAACGCUCUCGAGUCUCCUCAGGGCUCUCGUGACCAACCGUCGAGCUGCCCAUGAUGGCACAGCUAACGAGGCAGUGACUUCCCCUCGCUUCGGUAGUGACUUCCUCGCUUCGGUAGUGACUUCCCCUCGCUUCGGCCUCGAACCGUCAUCUCUCUAGCACUGGGGGUGAACUGGUCCAGCUCCUCGCAAGGCAGGCAACCUCUCCACAGGAGGCACUGCGGACUUUGCAUGCAGGAGAUAACGGUGAGGAGAGGCCAAGGCACAAGAUGCUUGCCGGGACAGCUGGCCGUGGCCACCGCCUCUCCCAAAGAAAAUGCUAGCCCCUGUCCGGAGUGGCUCGGCCAGGCUCGUCCUUUCCCCUGCAUCGUUGGGAAGAUGGAUUCCUUCUGCUUUGCCUGCUUUCAGAAGGAAGAGCUCCAGCCCUUGCAGCUCAGCAGCGUGACAAUGAGUGCGGGCUCCAUUGAUCAGGAGCCAUCACGCAAGCUGGCCUGCUGUGGGGUGCCCCUCAUCACCGAGGACAUGCAGUCGCUGGCUAUCCGGACACUCUCGGGCACGGACAUCAACAAACACUAUGACCUCAUCCGAGAGCUGGGCAAGGGAACGUAUGGCAAGGUGGAUCUUGUCUCCCACAAGAGCACAGGCACCAAGAUGGCGCUGAAGUUUGUCAACAAGAACAAGACCAAGCUGAAGAACUUCCUGAGAGAGUUCAGUAUCACCAAUACGCUUUCCUCCAGCCCCUUCAUCAUCAAGGUCUUUGACGUGGUCUUUGAGACAGAGGACUGCUAUGUCUUUGCCCAGGAAUAUGCCCCUGGCGGAGACCUCUUCGACAUCAUUCCUCCACAGGUGGGACUACCAGAGGACAUGGUAAAACGCUGUGUCCAGCAGCUGGGUUUAGCGCUCGACUACAUGCACAGCAAAAACCUAGUUCACCGGGACAUCAAGCCAGAAAACGUGCUCCUUUUUGACCGCGACUGCCGGCGCGUCAAGCUGGCCGACUUCGGCAUGACCCGCAAGGUGGGCUGCCGGGUGAAGCGCAUCAGCGGGACCAUCCCCUACACAGCGCCCGAAGUGUGCCAAGCCGGCCGGGCGGAGGGCUUCACCGUGGACACCAGCAUUGAUGUCUGGGCCUUUGGGGUGCUCAUUUUCUGCGUGCUGACGGGCAACUUCCCCUGGGAGGCAGCCUCCGCCUCGGACACCUUCUUCGAGGAGUUUGUGAGGUGGCAAAAGGGGCGCCUGGCGGGCUUGCCCUCUCAGUGGCGUCGUUUUACGGACAAUGCAUUGCGCAUGUUCCAGCGCUUGCUGGCCCUCGACCCGGAGAAACGUUGCCCCGUGAAGGAGGUCUUCUUCUUUAUCAAAUACGACCUGAUGUCGGAGGUGCGUCGCCGUCCUUCUUACCGUUCCCGCAAGCACACCGGAGACAAGCUCUCUGCCGGCCCUCACCGCCACGAGACGCCCAGCUCCUGCACCCCAACUCCGCUCAAGAGGACCAUCCUGACGGAAGGCAGCGUCUCCCGGCUGUCUGCCUCAGAUUCCGGCCUUGCCUCCCCGGCGGGAGGGAACAGAACUGACGGGCGUCAGGACAAAGGCAAGGGCCAAAUGGUGCUGGCCACAGCCAUCGAGAUCUGCGUCUGACCAGGGCGUGGCAGGCCCCCUCAGUGCCUCACAGCCUGCCAUUGAGACGUCAGCACUGCAGCGUCCUCUCCUGCGCCAGGAUGAGGUGCGUGCCGAGAAUCCUUUUCUCUGGAAAGGGCCCGGGGUCCUCGUUUUUCAAAGAAAAAAAGCAAAACACCGUGACGUCAAAGACGAUUCACAUUGUACUCCACUGUUAACCCUAAGGAUGCAGUAGGUAUCGUGUUGAUGCAUUCGAUGAAGACCUUCCUCACACGGGGACUGGGAGCCAGGAGCUGAGCUGAGGGACUUGAUUGGCUGGCCACUGGCAGGGACGACGGAACGCGGCGUGACAAGGGUGGGUGGGGCAUUUGGCGAACUCACUCCGCAAUUCUGAAGGCCGGAAGGACUGCUCUUGCCAGAAAGUUGGGCCUUCUUUUUGCCAGCGGGGGGGUGGGAGUAGAUUUCGGAUGGUUUCUAUUUUGAGGGGGAGGGAGGGGGAACCAUUGCCAAGAAAUAAUAAUAAUGACAAGCGGGGUAUACAUUGGGGAGGUUGAAGGAGAGAGACGUGGGUCAGAGCAGCCUUAUGGGGUCUCCUUCCUUCGCAGGAUUGGCGGGCUUACUGGGCUAUAUAGGGCAGAUGCUGGACACGGAGGCUAGCGCUGGUUCCUUGGUUCAUUUGGAUCCCUCCAAAGGCAGCAAGUGGGGCUUGAUGCUGAGUGUUGCCUCUAAGGCUCACCUGGUUGACUGUGCCCAGCUCAAGUGCCUGGCACCUCUUGGCCGCGGAGGCAACUCCUCAGAGAUGAGGCCAAUGACCUCAGAACACCGGGAGAGAUCAAAACCGUCAGGGAGGCCUCAUGUCCGGUUAGCGUUGACCCUCGCUCUGAUUUCAGUGGGGUGGGGUGGGGUUGGACUCUGGGCCGUGUUCAUAGUACAGUGGGGCUGAGGUGGCCUGGCCACCUUCUGGGAUGGUUCACAUUAGCUACUGGGUUUAGAAGGGUGCGGGGACAUAAUUUGGCUAAAAUUGGGGGGAGUCCGGAUGCGGGCCUGUGGAUACCUUUUCUCUCUAUAGUUUGGGUGCAGGUGCUGAAGUGCGGAAGGGGAAUGCUGGCCUGAAGUGGCCAAUGGCAUCCUCUCUUCCUUGGGAAAGGUAGUGUGGCGUAGUAGCGCUUCUGAGUAGUACCACCCCCGUGCGGCUGAAGGCCAGAGGAGCGCUGGGAUCCCUCAGUGCUGCCGCCAGGGAAGCUAUUGGUGCCACCGAUGUAGCAAGUGUCUCCCAUGUCGUGUGUGUGCACGUGUGUGUCCGUGUCUUCUGUGGUUGUCUGGUCAGCUGUCGCUGUCUGCUGUGUGGCCAUCAUCCCUCAGGAAAGAGAGACGUCCGCUUGCUCCUGCGGCUGAAUGACAGGGCAGGUCACUCAGGCCUAGCUGCGAGGAGGGCCGAGAGGCAGCCAUUUUGUGUGGGAACUUUGGUCAUAACAGAGAACCUGUAUGGCGUGGUGUGUGUGUGUGUGAGGGGGAACUUCUGGCGGGAGCACUAGUUCCGCGGGGGCCCCAUGACUCAGACCGUCCUGGCUGGCUGAAAAAAACAGACGAAGUUUAAGGAGUUAGCAUCCUGGGUAGCCAAAAUCUAAGCGGUACCCUCUGCCUAAAGGGCACUCUCAGUGGUCUGACACCAAGGGCUCAUUUCAUACAACUGUAUCUGCUUUUUUUGACCCGCUUGGGGGUUGUGGCACUCCACAAGGACUGUCUCUUGCGGGGGGUGGGGAGUAUGGGUGAGGGAAAGCCGUUCUGCCCUUUUUUAGAGCUAACCCAGUAUGACAGCCCAACUGGGCUGAUAAACUACAGUGGGUCCUGGUGGUAAGAUAGUCCGGCAGCUGGUUAACUGUCAAGGCGCUGGUAUCCGGGCCAGUGGGAGCACAGCAUCAGCCCCGAUAGUGAGAAAGCCAGGCCACGCACCCCAGAGUCAGGGCUACUGCCCUUGAGGCAAGUUGCAGGCAGAAGAGAUUAUGUAGAGAGGUUCGCUUUCCAUUAAACCAGGGCUCAGGAGGCACCGUGAGGAAUUUUUCUACCCUCACAAAAGGCUCGUACCAAUGAGACCCCCUCCAGCAGUCACCAAGGGCUUAGACCACUACUGACCUCCCUUCGCUGUUGACUUGAUCCACGUUGACCUGUGGGAAGGCCCUUCUCCUGUGAGGCAUCAGCAGUCACCCCUUGAGCGCCGCUGCUUUGGGGGGCGUUCACCAAGAGGAAGGCGGCCAUCUUGUGAGGCCAAGUUGGUCCUGUCUUGUCCCUUUGCCCACUUGUUCUCCACUUCCGUGCCCCUGCACAGGAGAAUGUGGAAAUGGACAGAGAAACCCAACUCAUGUCCUUCAUAAUCAUGGGCAGCACUGUCAUCUCUCCUCCAUACCAGUCCGUGGAGACACCAGGGGUGUGCGUGCGUGUGUUGUGUAUGUUUGUGUUGAACCCAGCUCCUCCCUAAAGGCUCCAUCCUUUCAGCACAAAGGGCUAUAAUGCUAUUUCUGAAGCAACAGCAGUUUACAAAAAAGCAUUUUUUUAAAAAAGAGCGUAAAUAAAUAAAUAAGGCCGACACGAGGCGGCCUGCCUGCCCUCUCUCCCUUCCCGCCUUUCCCAACUGGAGAAAGGAAGGUGGUAAUCCAUCCCCACAAGGGAGCUGGUUCUUUACAGAGUGUGUGUGUGUGUGUGUGUGUGUGUGUGUGUGUGUGUGUGUGUGUGUGUGAGAGAGAGAGAGAGAGAGAGAGAGAGAGAGAGAGUGUGUGUGUGUGUGUGUGUGUGUGAGAGAGAGAGAGAGAGAGAGAGAGGGGGGCAAGGGUGUGUUGACAUUCAUGCACACCCUUGCCAAACGCAUCGAGCCCCGUUGUCUGUACGUGUCGGAGUUUGACCGUGCACAACCUGCCGACCGCAUCACCAUCAAACGGGAUUCUUAUGAGGUGUGGGGGUGGAGGGGAAGUGUGAGGGACACCAACUAACUGCCUUCUCUGAUGCCCUAGCCCUCCUUUUUCGGGGGGCACCACGUAUCCCGGCCUUGGUUGGCGCGACCCGACAGAUCCCCCGUCUCGCGCACCUCUUCACAUGUCCGUUUCCGCUUAUUGAUCCGUCUGUCGUGACAGUCCGCGUCUCGAGUCUUCUGGGGAGAACGCAGCCGUUCUGCUCCCCUCCCUCUCGGCAGUGUCCCGUGGCCUCGUGCAUGGGAGUGCAGCCGACACUAGAUCUUUUUUUUAGAAAUAGGCGUUGCACAGAUUUUAGGUAUUAGCCGCAAUUUCUCCUUUUUGCCUUAGGUCCAAACUGUCCUUGAUCUUUUGUGCAAUAAUGUAGAUAAGCAUUAAGAACA